CCAUUUUACCUUUCAACUUCACUUUCAACCAGGAAAACCACUGCACAGGUUAGACCUGUUCAUCCAAGCAUGGCGACACCUCUCACCGACCAGGAGAAGCGCAAGCAGAUCAGCAUCAGGGGGAUUGUGGGAGUGGAGAAUGUUGCAGAGCUGAAGAAGGGCUUCAACCGUCACCUGCACUUCACCCUGGUGAAAGACAGGAACAUUGCAACUCCCAGGGAUUAUUACUUUGCCCUGGCUCACACUGUGAGAGAUCACCUGGUGGGGAGAUGGAUCAGGACACAGCAGUUUUACUAUGAAGCAGACCCAAAGAGGGUGUAUUAUCUGUCCCUGGAGUUCUACAUGGGCAGGACGCUCCAAAACACCAUGAUCAACUUGGGGCUGCAGAACGCCUGCGAUGAAGCCAUCUACCAGCUGGGCCUGGACAUGGAGGAGCUGGAGGAGAUGGAGGAGGAUGCAGGUCUGGGGAACGGAGGCCUGGGGAGACUGGCAGCAUGUUUCCUGGAUUCGAUGGCCACCUUGGGUCUUGCAGCGUAUGGUUAUGGCAUUCGAUACGAAUAUGGAAUCUUUAACCAGAAGAUAAGAGACGGCUGGCAGGUGGAGGAGGCAGAUGAUUGGCUGAGGCAUGGAAACCCCUGGGAGAAAGCACGUCCAGAGUACAUGCUGCCAGUUCACUUCUACGGACGAGUAGAGGAGACGAGAGAUGGCUCCAAAUGGGUCGACACUCAGGUUGUUUUGGCGAUGCCCUACGACACGCCCAUCCCCGGCUACAUGAACAACACUGUAAACACCAUGAGGCUGUGGUCCGCUCGUGCCCCCAACGACUUUAACUUGAGAGACUUUAAUGUUGGAGAUUACAUCCAGGCUGUUCUGGACAGAAAUCUGGCCGAGAAUAUCUCCCGUGUCCUCUACCCCAAUGACAAUUUCUUUGAAGGAAAAGAACUUCGUCUGAAGCAGGAGUACUUUGUUGUGGCGGCCACACUCCAAGACAUCAUCCGCCGCUUCAAGACCACUAAGAAGGGCUGCCCUGGCCGAACCUCCUUCGAGAGCUUCCCAGACAAAGUCGCCAUCCAGUUGAAUGACACUCAUCCGGCCAUGGCCAUCCCCGAGCUGAUGAGGAUCUUUGUGGACAUUGAGAAACUCGACUGGGACACGGCCUGGGACCUCACCAGGCGCACUUUCGCCUACACCAACCACACAGUCCUCCCCGAGGCUCUGGAGCGCUGGCCUGUGGAGCUGCUGGAGACUCUCCUGCCCAGACACCUGCAGAUCAUCUACCAGAUCAACCAGGCCCACCUCGACAAAAUCGCAGCUCUCUUCCCAAAGGACAUGGACAAACUGAGGAAGAUGUCUCUGAUUGAGGAAGACGGGUGCAAGAGGGUGAACAUGGCUCACCUGUGCAUCGUGGGAUCUCACGCUGUCAACGGAGUCGCUGAGAUACACUCCAGAAUCAUCAAGAAUGAAGUAUUCCGUGAUUUCAGUGACCUAGAAUCAAGCAAGUUUCAGAACAAAACCAACGGCAUCACUCCCAGACGCUGGCUGCUGCUCUGCAACCCUGGACUGGCUGAGCUCAUCGCCGAGGUCAUUGGGGAGGAUUAUGUGAAGGACCUCAGCCAGCUGCAGAAGCUGAAUGACUUUGUUGAUGACGCUGCCCUCAUCCGUGACAUCUCUAAAGUCAAACAGGACAACAAGGUGAAAUUCGCCCAGUACCUGGAGAAAGAGUACAGAGUGAAAAUCAACCCGUCCUCCAUGUUUGAUGUCCACGUGAAGAGAAUCCACGAGUACAAGCGCCAGCUCCUCAACUGCCUGCACAUCAUCACCAUGUACAACCGCAUCAGAAUGAGACCCAAUGCACCUUUUGUACCACGAACGGUGAUCAUCGGAGGAAAGGCUGCUCCUGGGUAUCACAUGGCGAAGCUGAUCAUCAGGCUGAUCACUGCUGUGGCUGAUGUGGUGAAUAACGACCCUGUGAUUGGAAGCAAGCUAAAGGUCAUCUUCCUGGAGAACUACAGGGUCUCUCUAGCAGAGAAAGUGAUCCCUGCCACAGAUCUGUCCGAGCAGAUCUCCACCGCCGGCACUGAAGCCUCAGGAACAGGAAACAUGAAGUUCAUGUUGAACGGAGCUCUGACCAUCGGCACCAUGGACGGCGCCAACGUGGAGAUGGCCGAGGAGGCAGGAGAGGACAACCUGUUCAUCUUCGGCAUGAGGGUGGAGGACGUGGCUGAAAUGGACAAAAAGGGAUACGAUGCCAUGUCGUACUACAAGAAUAUCCCAGAGCUGAAACAAGUGAUGGACCAGAUCACCAGUGGAUUCUUCAGCCCUAAAAAUCCAGAUCUUUUCAAAGACCUCACUGAAAUGCUCUUUAAAUAUGAUCGUUUCAAAGUGUUUGCAGACUUUGAGGACUACACGAAAUGCCAAGAGAAAGUCAGCAAGCUCUACCAGAACCCAAAGGAGUGGACAAAGAAGGUGAUUAGGAACAUCGCUGCCACAGGAAAGUUCUCCAGCGACAGAACCAUCACAGAAUACGCCACCGAGGUGUGGGGCGUCAAGCCGACCGACCUGAAGAUCCCUCCUCCGAGUGAGCCGAGGGAGGCCAUCGAAGAAACAGUCAGAGCUCUGAAGAAAAUAUGAGGCUGUUUCACAACCGAGGGGCUGCCUUUAUGUUUACAGAUCAUUUACUGUUUCCUUUCCUCGCGCUCUUAACCUUCAAGUCUGAACUUUUUCAAGAACUGUGGGUGUCUCAAAAAUGACAUCUGCACGUUUUCAUUUUCGUAACACUUUUUACUGUCAAACUACCUGAGACAAAGAAUUCGCAUCAUAGAAUUGUCUGUUACAGACCUUUAGCAUCAACAAACACAUUAAACCAAGUGUCAGUGCAGAGACCACAUUUAUUGUUGUCAUUUGUGAAUUCAAAUGGCCUCCAGGCAGGACAAUGCACCAUGCCACACCACAAAAACUGCUCAGGAAUGAUCUGAGAAAUGGAAAAAGAGCUUUUUUUGAGUCCUGUGAGUUGUGAGGUGGGGUACAAGUACAUACCACAGAUGUUUGAUCAGAUUGGGAUACAGGGAAUUUGGAGGCCAGGUUGACGCCUUGAGCUCUUUGUCACAUUCCUCAAGUCAUUGCUGAGCAGUUUUCGUGGUGUGGCAUCACACUGUCAUGCUGGGGGGGGCACUGCUACUUGGGAGUGCCGCUGCCAUAAGUGGGGGUACCUGGUCUGCACUGGUGUUUGUUGUUCAUGUCACCUGUCAGUGGUUUUAAUGUUUUGGCUGAUCGGUGUAUACUUUCCUACUUUUAUUAUGGACCCUACCUUACGACACCAGUUCCCUUCUCUGAUCAUCAAUAAAUGAAACUGUCAAACACCUUUGAUUGUAACACAAUGAUAUUCAGCAUGAGGCCUCACUAAUUGUUUUUGAACACAUAAAUUCCUCUCAAAUCAUGUAAACUGUCUCAUUUGAAACAACUUCUGGAUACUAUUAGGUCCUAUUUGAUUUUUGCUCUGUUCGUGAUUUGAACCGUUUUUGAAGUCGACCAGAUCUUUGAAUUUCAGUGCUUUAAAUUUGGUAAAGAGUGGGUUUAUUGGUUCUCUGUAAGUGCUUUUGUUUACAGUUCUUAUUGCUCUUUUUGUGAAGAAUGAAGAUUGGAUUUGUUUUGGAUUUCUAUGUAUUUCCAGCCACUUCCAAACAGUAAGUUAUAUAUGGGACUAAAACCCUGAUUCCAAAAACGUUGGGGCACUGUGUAAAACGUUAUUAAAAACAGAAUGCAAAGAUUUGCAAAUCUUUUUUGACCUGUAUUUGAUUGAUUAGAGACAAGAUAUUUGAUGUUCAAACUGAUAACAAUCACUGUUUUUUGUAGAUAUAAGCUCAUUCUGAAUUUGAUUUCUGAAACAUGUUCCAAACAUGUUGAGACAGGCGCAACAAAAGACUGUGAAAGUUGUACAAUGUUCAAAAAAACACCUGUUAACACGUUCCACAGGUAAACCACCUGUAGUCCAGACUGGUCUACCAUUGGAAAUGUGUGGCACAUUAUGAGGUGCAAAAUACAUCAGCGGAGACCCAGGUAUGUUUAGCAGCUGAAGUCGCAUAUCAAGCAAGAAUGUGACAGAAAUUCUCUUUUAAAACUUCAACAAUUAGUGUCUUCAGUUCCCAAACAUUUACUGAGUGUUGUUAAAAGAAAAGGUGUUGUAAAACAGUGAUAAACAUGCCCCUAUCCCAACUUUUUUGGCAUCAAAUUCAGAAUGAGUGUAUAUGAGUGUCUUUGGACUGUAUUCAAUUAAAAAAUAGGUCAAAAAGAUUUGCAAGGCAUUACAUUCUGUUUUUAUUUCAGUUUUAAACAGCAUCCCAGCUUUUGGGGAAUUGGGGUUGUAUAAAGAAACAGUAUAAGAUGACGUUUAAUUUAGAAGAUCUUUGACUUUAUAUAAUAGUAGUUUAUUAGUUAUUAUAAUAGUUUAUUGUCUAUUAGAGUUAAAAAAAAAUAAUUAUGGACACUUUCGGUUUCUACUUCAUUUAUCAUGAGGUUCUUGUUUUUGUUAGUUAAAUGAUUCCCAAAUAUUAUAAAUUUCAUUUUAUUUAAAUUCAGUGUUAGCAUAUUAGUUUGUUAGAAUUAAAACAGCUCUUUGGCAUUUUCCUUUAUUUCCCUGCUGUAUCCAAAUGUUGUUCCAAGUCCUUACCACAACAAAAUAAAUCAGUAUCAUCUGCAAAUAAUGUUGUUUUCAGUAUCUUAGAGACCUCACAUAUAUCAAUUAUAUCAUUUAAAAUAAACAACAAUGGUCCCAAUAUGGAGCCCUGGGGAACUCCAUAAGUAAUAUUUAGUAGUUGUGAUUUGAAGUUAUUUAUUUGGACAUACUGGUCCCUAUUGUCCAGGUAGUGCUAACCCUCUCAUGCCUAUCUCAUUUGUUUUUAAUUUAUUUAAUAAUAAUUCAUGGUCAACAUUGUCAAAUGUUUUUUUUCUUUCUAGAAAUUCUCCUAUUGCAUCUAUUGCAUAUUCUUUCUUUUAUAUUGCAUUUGUUAUUUCCUCCACAAAAUCCAUUAGUGCAAAUGAGACUGUCCUCUUAGCUCUUAACCCAUGUUGCUGUUCACACAGUAUAUUAUGUUUAGUGAGUAAUUCAUUUGAUCUUUUAUAGAUUUUUCAGUAUUUUUCAGUGUAUAGAAACUGUGGAAGUAAGUGCAGUAGAAUGUCAGUAACUGAACACUGAACUAAACCAAAUUGUAAGUCACAUUCCUGCUUCAUCUACUGAGUGACAACGCCUGUGUAUCCUCCAGGCAGGAGAUUUGUAUGUGUCUGUGUCAAUGAAACUUUGCUGAGGAAAGAUAA